AUGGCUUGCCCCAAAAUUCUGUUUCUUGCAGCAUUUCUUUUACUUCUGUCAUUCUGGGUUGACCUUUGCCAUCAGGCAAAUGAUGAAGAAGAUGAGGAUGAAGGAUGUAGUUCUCAGGAGGCUUUGUUAGAUAAGACAAAUAGACCGCAAUCAAACACUGAUAGUCACAGAAAAUGUUGCUCUUUCCGAUGCUUCCGUAUUGGGAGCCGCCAAAGAGUAGUGAUUUUGGUUACUGUACUAGUCUUUAUGUUGAUGAUGGCAUCUGCUGUGCUAAUUUGGAUUGGUAUGGGAAAGAACUCUAUCGACUCAUCAGUGGUGGCUCGGGUGUAUGUAGAUCUUUUCGCCAUAGCAGUCCUUUUACUUGGAGGAGCAUUAGCAUCUUAUGGACUUGUAUUAUUCUUGAAAAUGGGCAAAGUAAGAUCUGAGAGGGCUGCUUCUGAAAUGUGGAAGGUUGCUGGUUUGGCCAUUGUUUCGGUCCUAUGUUUUACUUCAAGUGCUUUUGUUGCUCUUUUCACAAAAAUACCCGUGCUUUAUCACUGGCCUCAACAGGAAAUUAAUGAUGUUCGUACCUCUCUUCUGCUGAUUGUAUAUUAUUUUAUAGGUUCAUCAGUACCUUCGGCAUUCGUAUUAUGGGUGAUGAGAGAAUUACCAGCUUCCAUCGUGGUUAACUCACAAGAAGAAUCGAGAACAAUAGCUUUCAUCAGUGAUAGUUCAAUGACACUACAUCCUCAGCGCUGGACUGCUGCUACAAGCUUACAGAAUCAGAGAUCAUUCUGCGUUAUGAUGUUAAGAGUGGAUAGAAAAUGUGUGACAGAAUUCCCCUGCCCUGAAUUUGAAGAACGUUCAUCAGUACCUUCGGCAUUCGUAUUAUGGGUGAUGAGAGAAUUACCAGCUUCCAUCGUGGUUAACUCACAAGAAGAAUCGAGAACAAUAGCUUUCAUCAGUGAUAGUUCAAUGACACUACAUCCUCAGCGCUGGACUGCUGCUACAAGCUUACAGAAUCAGCUAAUGGAGCUGAUCCAUAAGCUGCAAGGAACUUUCUGGGGUAGUGGUGACAGUUAG